AUGACGAAGGAAUCUAACGGCGAUUAUCAGAUCACCGAGUCUUCUGAGCGUGGAUCAUACAUGGGCAUCCUAGGCUGCGGCCCCAAUGUCGCGCCUGGCCUCGGACCUGUGCUCGGUGGCGUCCUUGCUGAGAAGGCGGGAUGGCGCCGGACUUUCUGGUUUUUGGCCAUCUCAGGCGCCCUCAGCCUCAUUCUCAUUGCGGCCCUGCUGCCAGAAACGGCGCGCAACAUCGUCGGCAACGGGUCCCAGCCUGCCCCUGUCGUGAACAAAAGUCUUGUGCUCUUCUGGCAGGAAAGAAGGCGAAAGCAGGUCAAUGCGACACAUGGAGCAUAUCGCAGCCCUGCAUGA